AUGGAGUAGCAGUCAAGCAGUCCUAAGGGCUUGAUUUACUGUGUAACAGAGAGCAGAGAACUUUUUUUCCAGAUCUGUGAAAAAAAAAAAACUAUAGAAUCUGUGUGGCUCAUUGGUAACUCUAUUCUUCUACUGCAGCGUUUAGAACCUGCAACUUUUUUUUUCUUCUUUCUGGAUCUCUCCCUAGAAAAGUCCAGCUCUGUAAAUUUUGGAAUGUUAGGUCGUCUUGACCAAGAAACUUGCUGCAGUUGCUCAAGUGAGGAGUCAGUGACCACUGCCAGUCUUUGCCUGUGAGGUCUGCUGGUAUAUUAACACAGAUGGCUAUCAGGGAGCCUGCUUGUCAGAUGGAUGUCUCUCCUGUGUAACUCAGAGUUAGGAGAAGUGGAUGGGUUGCUGCUGUUAUUGUUGCAAGUGACAGAUAGCUGGAACAGCAGUACCCCAUGUGAGCAGGAGCCGGGCUUCUUUUUGGUGUGUUUGGGCAAAAGUUCCUCUCUUUGGAUCUAAGCAGCACAAACUUAGUUUGCCACUUCUAUGCAAAAUGCUACCAGCAUCCUUCCACAGGACCCUGCUUGCUAACUCCACCACAAGCUUUGCAAGAUACCCAGGGCAUCUGAAAAUUGAGAAAUAACCCUCUCCUGACCAUUAACCCCCUCUGCUCCAUUGUGCUUCCUGACAAAUUUCUUUGGAUUUAUUUUUAAUCUUUCUGGAUUUUGGGGCACAUUUUGGAUCGACCCUGAGAGCAUCAUUUGGAGACAACACUCCAGACUUUAAAAAAAAAAAAAAAAAAAAUAGAGGAGAAAGCAUUAUAAGGUUACUAUGCAAUUUCGACUGAUUUCUUGGUGUUUUAUCAUUUUGAACUUCUUGGAAUACAUUGGCAGCCAGCAGAUCCCCAGAGGGAGGCGACAUCGUAGAAUGCAUCCAAAUGUCAGCCAGGGUUGCCAAGGAGGGUGUGCUACAUGUUCUGACUACAAUGGCUGUUUGUCAUGUAAACCUCGACUAUUUUUUGCUCUGGUGAGGAAUGGCAUGAAGCAAGUUGGGGUUUGCCUGCCCUCUUGUCCAAGUGGAUACUUUGGAAUGAGAUCUCCAGAAAUAAAUAAAUGUACAAAAUGUAAAGCUGAUUGCGAAACAUGUUUCCACAAAAAUUUCUGCACAAAAUGCAAGGGUGGAUUUUACUUACACAGUGGAAAAUGCCUUGAAACAUGUCCAGAAGGCUUUGAAAAUAACAACCACAGCAUGGAGUGCAGUAACAUAGUGCACUGUAUCGUCAGUGAGUGGGGUCCUUGGGGUCCUUGUACAAAGAAGGGUAAGACUUGUGACUUCAAAAGAGGAAAUGAAACCAGAGUUCGGGAGAUUGUGCAGCAACCUUCAGCAAGGGGUACACUGUGUCCACCAACAACUGAGACAAGGAAAUGCAUAGUGAAGAAAAAGAAGUGUCCAGACAGGAAAAGACCAAAUAAAAAAGGAGACGAGACCAAAAAGAACAAGCAGAAGAGAAAAGAUGGAGAUGUACCAAGAAAACAAAGGCAGAGAAAACAGGAGAGAAAUCAGAGAGGGGAUGAAAGGCCAAGUGAAGUCAAAGACUAGGAUACGAAAAGUGCAGAAGGUGCAGCCAAAAUCUUUCUGCAUUACCUUUGGACGUUGUAGGCCUCACAAGUGUGACUGGCUUUUGAUGCUGCUAUACUGAUCACAUCCACAUUAGACUGUACCCAUGGAUGGAACGGGACUGUUUACAUACAGCGAAGGCCUGUGCAACAUUCUAAGCCUCCGUCAUCCUUAAUGUGGAAAUGCUGAAAAAAAAGAGAGAACAUUUUAGGUGAAUGAAAGCCAGGAAGAAAAUAAUGAGUUAAAGUGCUGUUAAGUGCGCAGUGGAUGAUUUAGUCUUGUAUGCUUCCUUUGCGUCUUUCAAAGACAACUAAGACAUUUUGUAUGUAAUUAUGAAUAGUAUAGAAGAUAUAUCAUUAUUAUGAAUGACACCUGGAUCAGCAACGUUUUUCUUUUUUCUUUUGUAAGAUAUUUUGAAGCUGUUUUUAUUUUCAAAAAUUAUAGGCAAGUUAUAUGCAGAGCUCAAUGGCACCAUUCCUCUAACACAUUUAUGUGGUUAUAUCAUAAAAAAUUACAAGAAGUACAUGUUGCUAUGAAAAAAAUGAAAUGGCAUAUGCAGUAAAAUAAUGGUUAUGUCUUUCCAUGCCAGCUGUAGAAUUGGAUCUUUUCCAAAUAACUUUAUAUCCUACAGUUCAAUUGAAUAAUAAUUACAAAAAGGCAGGAUUCAGCGGUUAAAACCAAAUAUUACACAUAACAUGUUGCAAAGGCUACAAACAGGAACUUGAAGCACAAAAUAAACAAAAUGUUGUUUUUUAUGCCUCCUCUUAAGAACACAAAACCCACUCAUGGUCCUCAACCCUUCCUUUCCUACGUAUUCUCUCUUUCUCUUAUUGAAUGCCUGUUUCUAAAUUCACAUCUGCAUCAUCCUUGUAUCUCCAAGCACCACAAUAACAACAAACUUCUUUCGCCACCAGCCUUCCACAAGCGCUUCUCCGUAACCUGCUAUUUUCCAAGCGUUUUCCUCUCUUCCUUGAAAUCUUUUCUCUUGUACCUUUCAGCAUCUCUAUGUUCCUCUGGGCCUGGUUGUGUCAAACUCAUUCCCAUUUGUUGUUUUUCAGCCCCUUCAUGCCCAUCAGCUUUUUGUAUUCAAUCUUCCAGGCCGUAGUAUGUUCCUCUUUAGCUAAGUCCCCUUUUCCUUUCAUUCCCAUUCUUUCCCUUACAGCCUCUAACCAUCUCAACCAUUACCCAUUUACACACCAUCAAUGUAUAUAUGUACUGUAGUUUUGUUCAUUAUCCUUACUGUUUAUUUCAACUCACUUCUGUUACUCUCACUGUGUUCCUUCCUGCCUCCUUCUUGUCCAUCUUACUUCCUUGUUUUCUUCUCGUGCCACUUACUAUUUCACUCUGGCACUAUUCUUUAAAGACUCCCUGUACUUAACAAUUCCUUAUUUCAAGAUCCAUAAUGUUUUUACUGGCAAAUGCCUGGAGCACUGUGCAGACAGAAUGGGCCAAAAAAUCGGUCUAGCCCAGCCUGAUAUUACCACCGCUAAGCAAGCUCUCUGCUUUUGGGGGCCCAUUCAUGCCUGUUUAAUAUAGUAGGUAUAUGACUAGAUGGUAGAGGCACUGGCUCUUCCUUCACCUAGUUCUGGAGUGCCAGUCAUACCCAACUAAUGGCAGCCCUGCUUGUUGCGGUCUUAUAUAAAAUGUGAGUGAGUGAGUGAGUGAGUGAAGGUGAAUCGGAUGUCACUCAUAUUUUUAUUGUUAAAUUACAACAUUAAAAUGUAAGCACAUUUGUUUUUACUUUCACAAUAAACAGGCAUUUAAUUUAUUAAACCUAGCCCCCAAAAUAACCUGUUUUACAAUUUAUGGUUAUUUUAUGGUUAUAAAAUAAUGAAACAAAAAAAUAAACCUUACAAGUAAAAUUGCUAUGUUUCUCAGUUUUAUUUAAUGAGGCAUAGCAUAUACUUUUCAGGCAAUAGCAGAUACAUCAUGGUCAACAGCAUGAUACCUUAUGCAUCUAUCAAAUGCUUCAGCUACACAUGAACGAGAACAAUU